AUGAUAUUCUACUACUUUAUGUUCUGGAGACCAUAAUCAAAUAGAAUCUAUACCUAUAACUUUAUUAAUACUUUGCUAUUUAUUGCCAGCAUUUGGAUAUAUUUUGAUACUUUUUAUGGAAUUUAUCACAAAACUCUUGAUAUUAAGCUUUAGGAAGUCUCUCAAUGUAAAGUAAUUGGAAAGGAAACUGUUGAUUUAGGAGGCGUUGAAUUUUAUUCUAUCCUUUACGUCGAUUUUGUUUAUAAUAACUAAUAGUUACUAGGCUAUAGCUGCUAAUCUUCUUUAAGUAAAGAACAAGCUAAUUCUAAGAUAUCUCCAAAUGAAUUCUAUUUUAAGAGAGAUAAAAUUGCUUGCGAUUAUUAUAGUUAAGAUUCUAUUGGAGUACUCUAAUCCGAAAGCUAAGCAAACGGUUAUCAACAGUAACAUUUAAAGUCAAACAAGGAUAUUAUUUAUUAGAAUAGUUAGCCUAUUCCAGGAUGUUAUAAUUAAUAUACUUUUAGUGACGUAAAGCUUCCAAGCUGGUUAUGCAUUCCUUCGGAUUUUCCCUUUUAGACAAUGAUUGAUAGUGAAAAGUGCUACUUAAAUUUUUAUGGUGAUAUAUCAAAAGCCUAGCAAAAUGCCUUAAGUAGAGCUGCUCUUAAAGAUGUUUAAGACUUUGCUUUGAUUACAUAUAAUCAAAUCCCUAUUCCAAAAUGGACAUAUUAACCACUUUUAAUUUUUGAUUUUAACAUUUUAAUUAUUUCUUUGAAUUCAAUUUACUUUUACAUUGUUUUUUUCUUCAAAUAAGCCUUGUUACAUGUGCUUGGGAAAAAAAUAUAAUUUUAAGAAUUAAAGGAAGAAGACUGCUUGUUUUACAACUUAUAAAAAUAAAAGGAGUAAAGAGUUUUAUUAAAUUAAGAGAAUAAAUUUAAUGCUCUUUCAGAAUUAAAUAAUACAAAUGAAGUAGUUUAGUAAUCAAAAAAUAAGUUAAAUUGUAUGAUGAAAUAAAAAUCUCUUUCUUAAAAUAAAGAUAUUCAUUAAGAUUUAGAUAAAAAAAUGAAAGAAAAUCUAAAUUUAGAUUAAAAUAAUUUUGAAAAAGAACAAAAAAACUCUUAAUUUUAAUAGGAUAUAGUUAAAAGUCAAAAAUAGUAGGAAAAUUUAAUAACUGAUAACUAAAUAAACUAAUAUUUAGCAACUGAAGUAGAUUACGUCUAGGAAGAUACAAGCUUAAAUAGCUCAAAACAUGAAAGAGAGUAAGAUGAAAGCUUACAACCCUAAUUAAUAGAAUUAUAAACAUCAAGUGUUUCUUCAAAAAAAACUUGUGAAUCAAAGAAAAUUAAUUAUUUUAAUUCACCAACUGAUACACUAAUUUCUUUCACUCCUAGAAGAAAAAAAUUGACAGCAGCAUAGAGCACUUUUAAUUGA